AUGUUCGAUCGAAUAACAAAAACAAGUUUAACACAUGAAGCAGCACCACUUCUUUAUCGUCCACCCGGUGCUGCACCACUUCACGAUAAUCGAUCAAAUUUUCGUCGACGAUUAGCUAUUUUUAUCAUAUUAGUCAGUACUGCGUUUGAACGUCUAGCAUUUUAUAGUUUAAUUGGAAACUUACUUCUACUGUUGGCAUCAAAAAGUUUUCAAUGGAAACAAUUCAAUGCUUUAACAACAUCAUUUAUUUUCUUAGGUACAAGUUAUGUAUCAGCGUUAUUUAGUGCUUGGCUGAGUGAUGCUAAAUUGGGUCGUGCUAAGACAAUCAUUGGUGGUUAUAUAAUCUAUUGUAUUGGCUAUUGUAUAUUUUUACUAUUUACAUUUGACUCAAUCAAUAAAGUUUGUAGUACAUCAACUGGUGAUAAACUUUAUCAAGAAAAAUGUUCUCCAAUUCUAUUGUCAACAUUAAUAGUCAUUGCUUUGGGUUCUGGGGCUGUACAGUCGAAUGUGGCCGUUUUUGGUGCUGAACAAGUUCAAAAUUUAGGUUCUGUUGAAACAUGUAUUUAUUUUCAUAAAUAUUAUGCAGUUGUUAAUUUUGGAGGAUUUUUAGCGUUAGGCAUUAUCUCUUACAUUCAACAAAAUCUAAGUACUUCAAUACCCUAUGGUUAUAUAAUACCAACAGGACUAUUGAUCAUUGGUGCUGGUUUAUUUAUAUGUAGUUAUCGAUUAUUCAUUCAUUCUCCACCAUAUGAUUCUGUUAUUACACUCUUUAUUCCUGUAAUGUUAAACGCCUUUCGUUCAAAAAGAAAACAUUCACGUCUUGAAAGUAUGCAACAAAAUCGGCAAAAUAAUUCAGAAGAACAAUCUUUAGGCAGAAGUAAUAGUAAUAGUAUCACCGGUGCUUCAAGACAAAUUGAUCGUUCUAUUAAUGGUUCACAACAAGUAGGAUUUAUUGAUUUUGCAAAAUCAUCUAAUGGUGGCAAAUUUAUUGAUCGGGUAGUUGAAGAUAUCAAAUUAUUAAAAUAUGUCAUUGUUGUAUUCCUCUUAUUAAUUCCAUAUUGGUUAAUUUACUUUCAGGCAGAAACUACGUUUGUCAUCCAAGGUUUGCAUAUGAAAGUUCCGAGUCUAGGUAUUGAUAGAGGUAUGCCGCCUAUAUGGCUUUCCUUGGGUGAUCAAGUUAUUAUUAUUUUUAUUAUUAUAUUUUUAAAUUCUUUUGUUUAUCCACGUGUGUCAAUUAAAAUUGAAACACGUUUUAUUAUUGGAAUGGUUUGUAAUCAGACAUACGAUGCAUCUAAUCUGACAAUAUUUCUACAAUUUCCACAAUAUAUUGCUAUUGGAGUUAGUGAGGUGUUCACGUCAAUUGCAAGUCUUGAAUUUGCUUAUUUAACAGCACCACGUUCAGCAAAAAGUCUUAUUAUGUCCUUACGUUUUUGUUCACAUGGAAUAUCAUCAUUUUUAAGUUCAGGUUAUUUAAAUUUAUUUAUAAGUAAUCCAAAAGAAUCAAAACAAUGUGAAUUGAAUGGAUCACUUUAUUUUUAUAUACUUGCUGGCAUACAAAUAUUAUUUAUAUUCAUAAUUAUAUGGUUGAACAAGAAAUUUAAUAUAUUCAGAAUUCUACCACAAAAAUUUAGAAAUGAUUAUUUUUCUGCUACAGAUUCUAUUUCAAGAUCGAAUGAAACUGAUGCAUAG